AUGUCGGUUGAUUCUCAAGCAACGCCACCUACCCGAAAUCUUCACAAGAAGUACUUAAUGGUUCCGAGGUCCCUUCCUUCGAAGCUGGUCAUGGACGUGCAAAGAGAGCGGUGGCAGAUUAUGAUGGGCGGGGGUAACGACCGCGCGUCGUCAGAUGAGGAGGAAGAAGAAGACGGAGAUCAUGGCGUGGAUUCCCACGACGAAUGCUCAAAGAUGGAACGAUCGGGGAAAAAAAAGAACAAGCGGAAAAAGAACGCUAAGGCCCAGCGCAGCAAGAGGCAGGUGGGGAACGCGAAAGGUUCAAAACUCGGAACACAGCUGGUCGGAGGCACGGGGACCAGCGCUGGAGUCCGAGGUGGACAGCGAGGCCUGAAAGGAAGUUCUUCAGCUUUGGUAGGCCCCGGGGCCCACACAGCGCGAGACGAGGAGGCUCCUCUCGUCAGCGCGGAAAUGACAGGUCUUGCUUCUCUAGGCCCGGUGUUUGAGGCUGCAAGUGUCCCUGGGGAUGUGUUUAAGAUGCCAUAUCAGGGCGACCUCUUCGGUACGGGAGGAACGUAUAUGGAAGGUAUGGUGUACAUGUCACGCAUGCCUGUGGGAGGGAAGGAGGGUCAGUCUCGGCUUAGCAAGCGGUCUGGAGACGGGCCGAAGCGGAGCACUGGCACUGAUGGGAGCAAUGACACCGAUCAUGGACUGGACUCUGAACGCGUUGCGGGCGACUCUGUGUCUAGCGGAGAGGGAGACCCCCAGCCGACGAACGAACAAAUUCCAUCUCAGCGAGAGCUUGAGGCAAAGAUCCAAUGCGCCAGCACCCUCCUUGCAUGGUCUACCCACAGAGAUAACGCGCAGAGGCUUGCCAAGGAAGGUGCGGUCGAAGCUGUCUUGAGAUUGUGCAAGACGGACCACCUCAUACUGCGGGGCUACUGCAGCGCCAUCCUCAAGCAGUUUGCUGCAACGCCAAUCUUGAGAGAGAAACUCGUCGCUCGAGGAGGGGUCCCUGUGAUCGCAGACAUGGCGUCUCAGUGCCGAAAAGAAGUAGUCCAGAGCAACUGCAUGGUGGCACUGGUCAACAUUACUUGCAUCAAUGGCCAGGAGGCCAAAAUGGUCGAAGACGGUUUGGUGCUGUCGAUGGUGAUGAUCAUGAGCGAACAGGAAGACUUUGGUCGGCUAUGUGCCACGGGCCUUUUCAACCUGACCUGUGUGUCCGAACCGUACAACCAUAUUGAGCGCGUGCUCAAGGCCCUAGUCGGGAUAUCGAGCUCUUCAUCGUUAGAGGUGAAGCAAUCCUGCGCUAGCGCGUUCUGCAACCUAGCUGACCUCCCUUCAAUGCAUGCUCGGUUGAUCGAGGAGGGAGCCGUUUCUACGAUCGGGAGCAUCGCUCGAGGAGCAUCGACGAAAACCCGUCGCAUCUGCGCUAUCGCGUUGCACUCCCUCGCAGCCAGCAAACAGGAGCGAACAAAUUUGGUGUCGAAGGGAAGCGUCCCUGUGCUGUACGGGCUGAGCAGCGACGAGGACCUGACGACGCUUCACUACGUCGCCUGCACGCUGGUCAGACUGGGGAUGGAGGAGCAGGGUCAUGCGCGCAUGAUCCAAGAGGGUGCCGCCAGCGCCCUCUGCAACAUCGGCAUGUCCUGCGCGGCCAUGCCAAUGACGAGCCUGCCGUGUGCUCUUACUCUUGACACGCUCAGCAAAAACGCCGAGUACAAGGUAACUAUCGCAGAGGAGGGGUGCAUCCCCGCCAUCGUAACCCUCCUACGUUCGAGCGAGGACGUGCCGACACAAUACCACGCACUCAUGACGUUGUGCAGCAUCGUCAUGAGGGAAGAAAACCACGCUCCCAUCCUGCAACAGGGGGCUCUUGCCUCCAUCCUUGCCCUCACGGCACACACCAACCACAGCGUGAGGGAGGCGUGUGCCCUUGUGCUUUUCAACUUCAGCUGUGGAUCAGCUGUUCAGGAACGUAUCGUGCAGGCUGGCGCAGUACCCGCCAUCAUAGCGUUGUCGGCAGGAGAAGGGGUCGAAGUCGCGUUGCAACGGCGGUGUGCGGCCGCCCUCUGUAACCUCGCUUGCACCCCUGCCAACAUCGCCAGAAUGGUGGAGGAAGGGGUGAUACCAAGCAUCAUCCACCUUCUCAAGACCGGGGAUAUCCAGUGCGUCAAGUACUGCUGUGCGGCGUUGUGCCUGGUAGCGCAGGACGUGCGCAACUGCGUACUGAUCAUCAAUGAGGGAGCUAUUCCGCACAUGCUGGCCGGGGCUAAGGACGGAGACAUGGUGACCAAACAAUCUUGCUGCGCAGUGCUCUCCACCUUGUCGAGUAAGGAAGAAUGCCGAGAGCAGCUUUGCAAUUGUGGUGCACUGCCAGCAUUGAUCCAGCUAGCUUCCAUGGACGACGAGGCCACCAAGCUGAGAUGCGUCGUCGCCUUUGCCAACCUCAGCUGCGAAUACACCAUCCGGGGGCAGAUGGUCGAAGGCGGCGUGGUUCGAGUCUUGUCCGAGCUGAGCACAAGUUACAAGGAGAAGACUCAGCUCUACUGUGCAAGAGCACUAUGCAACCUUGCGUGUCACCAUGGCAGCGAGAAGUCGCUCGUCGAGGGAGGAGGAGUGGCGGCACUCAUGAUGAUAGCGCUGGUCCGGAGCGUGAGCCUCGAGACGAAGCAGAUAUGUGCCAAGGCCUUGCUCAAUCUCGUCGCCGAGGACACCCUGCCAGCUCUCAUAGAGGAGGGAAUAGUUCCGGCGACCACUAACCUUAGCAAGUUGGACGACGAGGACAGCAUGCGAGCGUGCGCCACGGUGUUCGCUCUCCUAUCAGCAGACCCGAGAGGGAGGGCCAAGUUCGUCCAGCGCAAGUCAGCCCUGGUGUCUCUCUUCGGCCUCCUGCGCUCUACUGACCAGGGGACUCAAGUCAUCUGCGGAAAGGCUGUUUGCAAUCUUGUGAGCUGUCCGGACUCCCAACUAUCGGCAGUCGGGGCGGGUGCAGUACCUUGUCUGAGACAACUGGCCAAGCUUGGCGUAUCUGAGAUCGAAGCAUCCAUCGCAAUGGCCUUCCUGCUCAUGUCCGGCAACAGCAAGUGUCGGAUGGAGGUCACUAGCACUGCCCUGCCUACCGUGGUCUACCUGUCACGCUCGCCGAAUUUCGAAGCUCGAUGCACGUGCGCACGGACACUGGGGGUGUUGGCGUGGCAUGACGACUCGAGGAGGGCGCUGACUGGAGUAGGGGUGGCCCGAGCAUUGGUAGGAAUCAUCGAAGACUACUCAGAGGGGGACGAGUGCCAAAAAGACCAGCUAGAAAUGUGCACGAGAGCUCUGUACUACCUUGCCACCGACCAAAGAUCUGCAGGAUGCAUGGUGGAAGCAGGAACGAUACGAGCUUUGUCCAAGGUGAUGGAGGUCGGCGCAACGGAAUCGGUUUUGCCCCUUGUAGCGGCAGCUCUGCGGUGCCUUACUCAAGUGCCAACUCGGGUGGAGACACCCGCGAAGGACAAAGACAAAGAAAAGCACAAGGAUGGGACCAGGAUGGGUGCCAGUGGUGACGGGGACGACGCAGAAGAGCGGAUAGCAACAAUCGAAGAGGAUGCUCCCAGAAUAGCUCAACUGGUGGCCUCACAGGGCGCCGGUGCCCUCGUUCGGCGAUUGGUGGAGGCCUCCGGCUCGGCGGAGGCGCCCGCUGAUUCACGCGAGGCGACACUCUAUGAUUGCGCUGUCGUUGUGUUCAACUUGGCCGAAUCAGCGGCUUCGUGCGCCGAGCUGCAGAGGGACUUGGUUGGGGAAGGCGGUGUAUUGCCUGCUCUUGCAACUCUCGCUGAGGUUAAGUGA